AUGCCCUCGCUCACGACGUCCCUCCCCUUCUCCCCCGCCGAGCUCGCCUACCUGCAUACAUCGCUCUCGUCGAUCCCGCCCAUCCGCCCAGAUGCGCGACCCCUGCCGACCGAUUUCCGCGCGCUGAGGGCCGAGACGGGCGUGCUCCCUUCCGUCAACGGCAGCGCGCACGUCGGGUUCAGUGAUGGCCGAGAAGCAAUCGUGGGGGUCAAACUGGAGGUUGAGAGGACAUUAGCAGAAGAAGUGCGGGCGAGUGUGGGAGCAAGGGCGAAAGCGAAGGCGAAAGGAGAAACAGUCAACGAUGGAGGAGCUAUGGAUGUCGACGUCGAGGUGGAUUCCGCCAACAGCCCACGCCAGAGAGGCAGACACGAAUGGGUGACGCUCAGCCUGACGCUGCCUGGUCUACGGGACGAUGACGCCGGGUUGGUGUUUCUGGAGGAGAUGAUCCGGGAGCCGCUACUAACAGGACGCUCGUCUUCUUCAGAUCUAAAUCUGAACCGCCCUUCUCUACAUCUACAGGACAACUUGGUCAUCAACUCGCGCUGGCACUGGCACGUGUACAUCGACGUGCUGCUCAUCUCGGCGACCGGCCUGGCGAGCUAUCCGCUGCCUUUGCUCAGCAUGGCGACGCAUCUGGCGCUUCGGGACACUAGGGUGCCGCGCCUGAAGAGCGAGGGCGAGGAAGAUCCCGUCGCGGAUGACGACUGGAUGGCGAGCACCUAUCUCUACGCGAGGAGGAUGGGCGGUCCGAUGGCGUCAAGACCCCCGGUCACGCUGCUGGUCGUGGUGGUCGGCGAGAACGUCAUCUUCGAUCCGAGUCGCGAGGAGCUUGCUGUUGCGGACGCUGUCAUCGCCGUCAGUGUCGGCGAUGUGAAUGGCCAGGGUGGCGCCGAUGAAUUUGAAGUCCUUGCCACGAGAAUGAUUGACACACCUGCACGCGAUACCAUGAAGGGUGUGCCGAUGUUUGGCGAGGUGGGCGAAGGGGUCGAAGUGCCGGGUGUUUGGAAACCGCGAGUCGGAGGGAUCAAGAGGUCGAUACUCAAAAAGGCGAUCAAUACCGCGCUGACCGGCGGUGUCGCUAGGGACGUGAUGGACGGGCUGGACGGGUUUUUAAAUCUCGAAACGAAGACUGCAGGCGAUGCAGGUGCUGGGUGA